AUGUCAAAGCUAAUCGAAGUGUUGCUGGGGAAUCUGUGGACGCAGCGCAUCACCUUUGCCUGCAUGGGUUUGAAUUUGCAGCCCAAAAAGGGCAAAGUUCUGCAGACUCCGGUUCUUUAUGGCAUUAUGUUUCUGGCCACCGGCUUUGAACUCUGCACCGUGUGCGCUUUUAUGGUCCAACAUCGCAACCAAAUCGUGCUCUGUUCCGAGGCCUUGAUGCAUGGCUUACAGAUGAUCUCCUCGCUGCUGAAGAUGGCCAUAUUCUUGGCCAAAUCCCACGACCUGGUGGCCCUCGUUCAACUAAUUCAGGCUCCUUUCAUGAAUCGCGGUGAUCUAGGAGUUUCGGAAUGGCGAUCCCAGAAUCGCUGGGGACAACUGAUGGCCGCCGUUUACUUCAUGAUGUGUGCUGGAACGAGUGUCUCCUUUCUGCUGAUGCCAGUGGCUUUGACCAUGAUUAAAUAUUACUCCACGGGCGAUUUCGCACCAGUCAGCUCUUUUCGGGUGAUACUUCCAUACGACGUAACCCAACCGAAUAUUUAUGCCAUGGACUGCUGCCUGAUGAUAUUCGUGCUGAGCUUCUUUUGCUGCUCCACCACCGGAGUGGAUACCUUAUAUGGAUGGUGUGCCUUGGGCUUGAGUUCCCAGUACCGUCGCCUUGGUCUGCAAUUGAAAUGGGCUCAGCAGCCCUCAGAUUUCUUGGGUUCUGAUUUGGGUUUAAGUUCGUUUUUUGCCGAACAUGCUCGUCUCUUGAAAUUGGUUAAACAUUUUAAUGUCAGCUUUAUGGAGAUUGCGUUUGUAGAGAUUUUAGUUAUUUGUGUGCUUUAUUGCGCCGUGAUUUGCCAAUUUAUAAUGCCACAUACCGACCAGAAUUUCGCCUUUCUUGGCUUCUUUUCGAUGGUGGUCACCACACAGCUGUGCAUUUACCUUUUCGGAGCGGAACAGGUGCGUCUGGAGGCUGAAGGAUUUUCCAGGCAACUGUACGAAGUGAUUCCAUGGCAAAAACUUUCGCCACAACAUCGAAGACUUUUAAUAUUUCCACUUCAACGUGCCCAACGCGAAACUGUUCUGGGUGCAUAUUUUUUCGAACUUGGAAGACCUUUACUCGUUUGGAUAUUUCGCACAGCGGGAUCAUUUACCACUUUGCUAAAUGCCUUGUAUGCAAAAUACGAGACACCUUAAAGCAAUUUACUUACCAUGUAUAAAAAACCUCACAUUUAUGGCUCAAUAAAGGCAGACUUUAAACCAAAAAAAAUGCGUACUUUUAUUUUUAUUU